AUGACCGCUGCUCCAAGUGUGUCCAUCCCCAAGCAGGUGGCAUUCACCGCACAAGGAAAACUGAUUGUCGGGGGGAGUGAUCAUGGAUUGGUGUAUGUAUUCAAGAGGAAAUCAGGGAAGUUAUUUGAGACUCUUUGUCACUCCAAUACGGGCUUGGUGCAGACAAUAGCGACGCAUAAUCUUAACGGGCGCUGUACAGUCGCCAGUGCUUCACCAGCGCUAGGCCGUGGAAAGGCUACAAUCAACUUAUGGGUCUAUAACUAUGGACCAGCAAAGGAAACUCUUACCUCUGAAGAUUCCCGGCCUAUGUCGCAUGUGAUUAUGCGCGCGUUCAAAAUCCUGGUUCAUUUUGGUGCCUUGGUGGUUAUCAUCUGUUUUUUUGAUAACAAACUACUUCGACGCAGUGGCAACAUGGUCAGGAGACCUCGCCCAACACAUGGGAAUGACUUGAUACCAGAAGCCCACCAGGAAGUAGACGAACAGAGCAACACAUUGAUGCUACAUGAACUUGCAGGAAAACUCAUCAAAGUCAUUCGAGAAGCAGAGAGAGAUGGAGGUGUGGGUGAGGAUAUUCAUGAUGUGACCCGACACGACGAGAUUGCCGCAGAAGCUGAAAGGGUAUUUUUUGAGGCGGUGAAGGCAGGAGAAGACGAUAUCAGAAGAGCUCGGAGACAACACAAUGAUUCGGGGAAAGAUGACAUUCUCUUGUGA